ACCACAGUGACUUUAAGCUGUGCUCUCUCAACAAUUUUACUCCAGCAAUCUUGCAGGCUUCUAGAUCACCGAUUCCUUCAACGGCUUGUGUCAAUAAGCCAUCUUAAGUAACAUAGCAGGUUUUAGAUAACAGAUUUAUUCAACAUCUUGUGUCAAUAAACUAUCGUAACUAGUAAAAGGUUUUAGCUUAUUGAGCUUAAUUUAGAUUUAUCCGGCGGGUUGUGUGCAUAAAGCCCAUGCCCAUCUGACCCAGGGUCAGUGAGUGACUGUGAGAUGCCCAGUAAGACUGUAAGGUUGUUGGCAUGGUGGGCAACAUGCCUCCUGCUGAUGCAGUCUGCCCUUACUGCCCUCGCUGAGGAGAGGGCGCCCGGCUUCUGUUUUUGGACCCGGACGCUGACAGACCGGCGCACUCACCAGAUGUUCCUGCGGCAGCGGAGGGGGCAGCUGGUGCUGUACCACGCUCUGUGGGGGCACGACGGGCCCCUGCAGGCGUGCGUGACCAGCCGGGAACUGGCAGUAACCCACGGAUACCUGACAGAGUGCCGGGAGCGCCAGCAACAGCAUUUCAGCGCCAGCCCCCAGAGGUGGUUUCACACACACACGCUGUUCCAGCCGGGGGUGUGUGUGGAGGCUCAUGCGGGAGGCAGCGCGCCUGUCAGACACACUCGGGAUCUGCAGACCCAGCACGCCCACACAGAAGGAUCCGGAAGCAAACGUGUGAAGAGGGGACUGAUGAUGAUUCCUGGAACUCUGUGGUGUGGCUCGGGCAACACGGCGGAAAACUACACUGACCUCGGUGCCUUUGCACAGACGGACGAGUGCUGUAGAGACCACGACCACUGCAAACACACCAUCACUUCCUUUAGCUCUGACUAUGGUGUGUUCAACACCAACAUCUUCACCUUAUCUCACUGUGACUGUGAUAACAGGUUCAAGCGCUGCCUGCAGCAGGCUGAGGACUCCAUGGCCGGCGUGGUGGGCUACGGCUACUUCAACCUGAUCCAGAUGAGGUGCUUCGAAUGGUCGCUCAGGAUGGAAUGCACAGAGCGCAGCUGGUGGGGCAGUUGUGUGUCAUCUGACCUGACUCGUUACGCUGUAGUGCAAGAGCCCACAGACUUUAACUCCACAUUUCCAGAAAACCCCAAUCUGCCACAGCCAGACCAGGUUACCACACCAGACCCAAACCAGUCAUCCGAACCUCACCUCACGAUCAGUGCCACCACACCGCCACAGCCCAUUAUGUCUACAACCAACCUCCCGGAGACCCGAACUGAUGCCUCAGACAACCGAAUCAACCUCACGGACACCAGAACUGAUGCCUCAGACAACAAAACCAACCUCACGGACACCAGAACUGAUGCCUCGGACAACAGAACCAACCUCCCGGGCACCAUAACUGAUGCCUCAGACAACAGAACCAACCUCUCAGACACCACAGCCAGUGUCUCAGACACUAGAACCAACCUCCCAGACAUCAGAACUGACGCCUCGGACCACAGAGCCAGUCUGCCGGGGACACCCAGCCCACCCGACAGCAGCAGCCACCUCCCGCUCCCGCUCACUAACUCCACAGUCUCAGGUCCUUUGCAUUUGUGUGGUGUGUAUAAGUCCCUGGAUGACUGUAGACUGCAGGUGCCCCCACUACAGGAGCUCUUUGGUCUGAAGAACACAGAGCUACGAACCCUCUAUCACUGCAACUGUACCAGAAGGUUAGCAGAGCAUCUGCCAGUGCUGGAGGCUGCAGGACUACAUGCCUUGCUGCUGGACUUUGUAUCAGAGUAUUGCUUCAUCCUGCCAAACACACAGAGUGUCAUCGCGCCACAGAGCAGUGCUGUUCUACUGCAGAUGCCAUUCAUUCAUGCAAGGCUGGGACAGAAGAAGCCUACAACAGGCAGGCGCCACCUAUUGGACAAGGGUCGCCAACUCCGCCACAGUAAACGGAAAAAGAGGAAAAACUCGGGGGUCAGGCUGUACCGUAAAUGCCGGAGAAUGCACUCUCAGCUCCAUAGACUAGGACAACAUUGACCCCUAAAAAAACUGUAGCAUGUGUCACCCGGAAUCAGUUUGGCACAGAGAUUUCAGAAACAAACCUCUCAGCCUCUCCCUCUGCGCUUUGCUCAGCCCAUCACCUGGGUUUUACAUUUGAUUGACAUUCUGGAGGCCCAAUCCACCCUGAGCUGCUCUGAGUUUCUGAUUGAUGAAAGACUGAAGCUGGCUGAGAAACUUCAGAGGGGUGAUGCAUGCUGAUGCAUGCUACUCAUGUUGCAGAAGCACAUAAAAAAGUUGCCUUCUGUUGCUUUAAUCAUAAUCCUGUUUAUUGUAUAUUAUUCUAAAUAAGCUAUAUGUAGAAUAAUGCCAAUUUUGUCAAUGUGAAAGGCUGUUUGAAAGAAAUGAUGUGUAUUGAAUGUUGUAUAUGAAGAUCCAACGUUACUUGUGAAGUCCAUGUUC